CAAGCGGCCUGGUCCUCCGAGUUCUUGCACUGCAGUGGAAAAUCCCAGUCUCCCAUUGACAUUGAUACCAGGAGAGCCGUCUAUGACCGCAGCCUGCCACCCAUAACACUGGAGGGCUACGAUCUGACAGAUAGCUCAGCAUUGACACUGUUGAACAACGGCCAUACCUGUAAGUUCCUGGCUGUCUAAUAUGCAUUAUAUUGAAGGUACGAGCAACAUCUAUUAGGCAACAUUUUUCCUAAUAAAGCUGUACUAAAACGUGGAUGGCUUUGCAGAGGGUUCUACACAGGAAAGGCUAAACAGACGGAAGUAGUUCCAUGUUGCUUGAUGUGUUGUGGUCUGUGUGUGUCUCCAGUGCAGCUGAUUCUACCCAACACUAUGCGCAUCGUCAGUGGGUUUGACAACGAGUUCCGGGCCGCCCAACUGCAUUUCCACUGGGGGACCAAAGAGGUGCCAGGAUCUGAACACACCAUAGAUAAAGUCCAUUUCCCUGCGGAGGUGAGGAAGUCAGAAAUACUGCAGAAAUGAAAAAUGCCCAGAAUUAUUGCCGGUUCAAUUAGUUUCAACUCAAAAUCCUUUCAUUGUCCAUCAAAUGUAUAUGUAAAGAUGGGAAAUUGUCUUUGGCAUGUGGCUCAUAGUCAACAUACUAAAAACAACAACACUGACAAGACAACAAGACAACACUGACACGACAACACAACAUUUUUUGUAUUUUAUUAGGAUCCCCAUUAGCUGUUGUGAAAGCAGCAGCUACUCUUCCUGGGGUCCACACAAAACAUGAAUCAUGACAUAAUGCAGAACAUAGACAAGAACAGCUCAAGGACAGAACUACAGAAAUGUAAAACAAGAAAAAGGUUCUGUACUGACUCAAUACUGAGAAAAUAAACCUACUAUUCUAGGCCUUUAACAUUUACAUUUUCAUAUAUUACAUUUAUAUUCAGUAGCAUCUAGGCCAUCACUUACACAUAGCCUACAUAUCAGUACAUGCACACAAAAUAUUUAGGUCAAAUAGGGGAGAGGUGUUGCUUUGUCGGAUUUUUGAAACCACGUUUGCUGUUCACUUGAGCGAUAGGAGAUGGAAGGGAGUUCCGUGCAAUCAUGGCUCUAAAUAAUACUGUGCCAAACAGUGACUGACAUGUUCCUGUGCUUCUCUUCCCAGAUCCACGUGGUUCAUUACAACUCUAAAUAUGCAAAUCUGUCAGAGGCAGCCACCAAAUCAGAUGGCCUGGCUGUACUAGGGGGCUUCAUCGGGGUAAAUUAUUCCAGACAUGUUGAAUUACAGUGGGGGGAAAAAAGUAUUUAGUCAGCCACCAAUUGUGCAAGUUCUCCCACUUAAAAAGAUGCGAGAGGCCUGUAAUUUUCAUCAUAGGUACACGUCAACUAUGACAGACAAAUUGAGAAUGUUUUUUCCAGAAAAUCACAUUGUAGGAUUUUUAAUGAAUUUAUUUGCAAAUUAUGGUGGAAAAUAAGUAUUUGGUCACCUACAAACAAGCAAGAUUUCUGGCUCUCACAGACCUGUAACUUCUUUAAGAGGCUCCUCUGUCCUCCCCUCGUUACCUGUAUUAAUGGCACCUGUUUGAACUUGUUAUCAGUAUAAAAGACACCUGUCCACAACCUCAAACAGUCACACUCCAAACUCCACUAUGGCCAAGACCAAAGAGCUGUCAAAGGACACCAGAAACAAAAUUGUAGACCUGCACCAGGCUGGGAAGACUGAAUCUGCAAUAGGUAAGCAGCUUGGUUUGAAGAAAUCAACUGUGGGAGCAAUUAUUAGGAAAUGGAAGACAUACAAGACCACUGAUAAUCUCCCUCGAUCUGGGGCUCCACGCAAGAUUUCACCCCGUGGGGUCAAAAUGAUCACAAGAACGGUUAGCAAAAAUCCCAGAACCACACGGGGGGACCUAGUGAAUGACCUGCAGAGAGCUGGGACCAAAGUAACAAAGCCUACCAUCAGUAACACACUACGCCGCCAGGGACUCAAAUCCUGCAGUGCAAGACGUGUCCCCCUGCUUAAGCCAGUACAUGUCCAGGCCUGUCUGAAGUUUGCUAGAGUGCAUUUGGAUGAUCCAGAAGAGGAUUGGGAGAAUGUCAUAUGGUCAGAUGAAACCAAAAUAGAAGUUUUUGGUAAAAACUCAACUCGUCGUGUUUGGAGGACAAAGUAUGCUGAGUUGCAUCCAAAGAACACCAUACCUACUGUGAAGCAUGGGGGAGGAAACAUCAUGCUUUGGGGCUGUUUUUCUGCAAAGGGACCAGGACGACUGAUCCGUGUAAAGGAAAGAAUGAAUGGGGCCAUGUAUCGUGAGAUUUUGAGUGAAAACCUCCUUCCAUCAGCAAGGGCAUUGAAGAUGAAACGUGGCUGGGUCUUUCAGCAUGACAAUGAUCCCAAACACACCGCCCAGGCAACGAAGGAGUGGCUUCGUAAGAAGCAUUUCAAGGUCCUGGAGUGGCCUAGCCAGUCUCCAGAUCUCAACCCCAUAGAAAAUCUUUGGAGGGAGUUGAAAGUCCGUGUUGCCCAGCGACAGCCCCAAAACAUCACUGCUCUAGAGGAGAUCUGCAUGGAGGAAUGGGCCAAAAUACCAGCAACAGUGUGUGAAAACCUUGUGAAGACUUACAGAAAACGUUUGACCUGUGUCAUUGCCAACAAAGGGUAUAUAACAAAGUAUUGAGAAACGUUUGUUAUUGACCAAAUACUUAUUUUCCACCAUAAUUUGCAAAUAAAUUCAUAAAAAAUCCUACAAUGUGAUUUUCUGGAUUUUUUAUUCUCAUUUUGUCUGUCAUAGUUGACGUGUACCUAUGAUGAAAAUUACAGGCCUCUCUCAUCUUUUUAAGUGGGAGAACUUGCACAAUUGGUGGCUGACUAAAUACUUUUUUUCCCCACUGUAUACCAGUACCCUCAUAAUAACUCAUCAUGGUGACUCAAAGGUUUGAAGUUUUAUUAGUCUAUUUUCAUACACCACUAUUGGAAAAGAUUCUAGGAUAAGACAUUUGUUUUCAAUUUCACACACUUAAAAACAGACAUUAAUCAGGAGAAUCCUCAAGAUUAUUAAAUAUUUUAUACAAAAGUAAUCACUUUAAUAGGAUUCUUCCUGACUCUUUUUUAUUUAGAUUGGUCUUCAUGAGAAUGACAACUAUGAAAAGAUCCUGUCUGCACUCACUGAUGUUAGCAUUGAAGGUAACCCCGGGAUACGCCUCUAGCCAAAGACAAUGUUUUGUGGCCAAAACAUUGUGUACUACCAACGCUAGAUGUAGUUUACAUACUCCUUUCUUGAAAUGUCCUCGUGUUGUCUCCAACAGAUUGGAGACUGUUUUCUCAUUUAUGCUUUCUAGGUCACAAAUGAACAUAGCAAGAGAAUUUACUGAAAAUUAAAUAGCACUUUAUUACUGAGAACCUAAUCUCGGAAACCCAGAACUAAAAUCUUGCAUAAUUGUAUCAGAGAUAUAUGAGAAAAGAUGCUAACAAGAUGAGCAAAGUCUUCACCCCCUUAAACAGAAACUCUCAGCAGGGUUGGGGUCAAUUCUGCAAAUUCUAUUCUAAUUCAAUUCCCGCUCCAUGUAAAUUCCAUUUAAUUCAAUUAAAUUCCAGGUCAGUCUUUGAAUUCAGAGAUAAUUGAAUUCCUCUCAAUUCAAAUGUUAGGUAAAUUCCAAGAAUUCAAUUCCCACUUUAGUAUUAUCCCCAACAAUUCUAUGAAUUCUAGAUCAAAUUCAAUUCCCUCAGGCUUUCAGGCUGAUCAUGUUACUUUUCAGACAGCCUAGCUAUAAUGGAAAUAUAUACAUACAAGUUGAAAUUAUUUAAAACAAAUCCUAUAGUAAAUUGUUGAUACUAAGUGCAUUAAUUCCAUUAACUGGGAAAUUUACAAAUAUUGAAUUCCAAUUAAAUUCCAAUUCAAACAGUCCAAACAGUCUAAUUCCAAUUCCAUAACUUGAAGAUUGUUGAAAUUCAAAUUAAAUUCAACAUAAAUUCUCCACUUCAUGAGUGAAUUCAAGAAUUGAAUUGGAAUUGACCCCAGCCCUGACUCUCAGCCUAAGCAAUGGCCAAAUGUCCCCUCCCUUUCUGAAAAGAUGUGAACACCUGUGAAAUUGUGAUUUGUCCAAUAGAUCAGUGACAACAAAAUCUGUGCACAGCCGAUUCAUGGCCGUGCAGCAUUUACGGCGAUUCGACAUCUGCAGAAGUCAGAGCAGUCAUACUUCUUGCGCUUCGGGGAGCUGUCAUACGCAUUCAAUAAAUAGGUCUGAACCGCACCACUCGUAGAGAUUCAGGGCUAAUCUCUAUAGCCAUCCAGGUAAUUACGAGCAACUGGCUAAACGAAAAGACAAGACCUUACCUUUUCUCAGAUGUUGGAGUCCAUUUCCUGGUGCUUGACGUAGGAACUCAGCCAAGAUGGCAUUAAGUAAAAAGGCGGCAAAGUUUUCACACCUGCAUCUCCACUUCAAACCUUCAUUUACCUUUACGAGCUUGUCCUGCAACUGCCUCCACUUCUUGUGGCAAGCUUCCCUUUCCAUAGAUGCGGAAAGAGGUCAAUGGAACUCAACCAAAACAAUGGAAAUGCCAUGGAAACGCGUUGGGGAAAGAUGGAUGCAGUGGGAGAAAGAUCCCGAACUGCAUUACAGUUAAAAAUGACUUUGACUACCACCACCGAUUUCUGUAUGCUAGCUAUGCUACCAGUUUAUGCGAACAGGAGUUAGAAUUUAUGUGCGUCUGUCCACAACAGAUUACUAAGAACCCCCAUGGCGUUUCUCACGUUCUUAUUGAUUAGAUUAGGUUAGAUAGUACUUUAGUGUCAGUUUUCACAGAAAUGUGUAUUCCAUACAGAAAUUGCAGUGCGUUAAAAGAGAUUCACAACAAAAGGAGAGACAUAAACAUUCAUGAGAAACAAAAUGGCAGCUUAAGGACCCACAUGGUCCACACAAUUGAUUAACUAUUUUACCCCUUUCCAGAGUCUAACACUGAGAUCCCUGCCUUCAAUGUCCGUCAUCUUUUGCCAAACAAGCUGGAUCACUUCUACAGAUAUAACGGCUCCCUUACCACUCCACCCUGCUUCCAAACAGUCAACUGGACCAUGUUCAAUGAGACCAUCACAGUGUCCAGGAGGCAGGUCAGUAAUGAUACCAUAGCAUCCAGGAGGCAGGUAAGUAAUGAUACCACCAUAGUGUACAGGAGGCAGGUAAGUAAUGAUACCACCAUAGUGUCCAGGAGGCAGGUCAGUAAUGAUACCACCAUAGUGUACAGGAGGCAGGUCAGUAAUGAUAUCAUAGUGUACAGGAGGCAGGUCAGUAAUGAUACCACCAUAAUGUCCAGGAGGCAGGUCAGUAAUGAUAUCAUAGUGUACAGGAGGCAGGUCAGUAAUGAUACCACCAUAGCGUCCAGGAGGCAGGUCAGUAAUGAUACCACCAUAGUGUCCAGGAGGCAGGUCAGUAAUGAUACCAUCAUAGUGUCCAGGAGGCAGGUCAGUAAUGAUACCACCAUAGUGUCCAGGAGGCAGGUCAGUAAUGAUACCAUCAUAGUGUCCAGGAGGCAGGUCAGUAAUGAUGCCACCAUAGUGUCCAGGAGGCAGGUCAGUAAUGAUACCACCAUAGUGUCCAGGAGGCAGGUCAGUAAUGAUACCAUCAUAGUGUCCAGGAGGCAGGUCAGUAAUGAUGCCACCAUAAUGUCCAGGAGGCAGGUCAGUAAUGAUAUCAUAGUGUACAGGAGGCAGGUCAGUAAUGAUACCACCAUAGUGUCCAGGAGGCAGGUCAGUAAUGAUACCACCAUUGUGUCCAGGAGGCAGGUCAGUAAUGAUACCAUCAUAGUGUCCAGGAGGCAGGUCAGUAAUGAUACCAUAGCAUCCAGGAGGCAGGUCAGUAAUGAUACCACCAUAGUGUCCAGGAGGCAGGUCAGUAAUGAUACCAUAGUGUCCAGGAGGCAGGUCAGUAAUGAUACCAUAGUGUCCAGGUGGCAGGUCAGUAAUGAUACCAUAGUGUCCAGGAGGCAGGUCAGUAAUGAUACCAUAGUGUCCAGGAGGCAGGUCGGUCACCAACCCACUAUGACUCUGGAGAUUGAUUUACAGAUUGACUUGCAUCAUGUAUACCUCCUGGAGAGUUACAGAUUGACUUGCAUCAUGUAUACCUCCUGGAGAGUUACAGAUUGACUUGCAUCAUGUAUACCUCCUGGAGAGUUACAGAUUGACUUGCAUCAUGUAUACCUCCUUGAGAGUACAAGUGAUCCACAACUACAAGUACUGUAUGUCUGUAUUUUCAUGUCUAAAAAUAGAUCUUCAAACAAGAGAGAUUUAGACAGAGCAUUUAGAAAGAGCACUACUAGAUACUGUUUUAAUUUGUUCUAGUCAUUUAUUCAAUUCAAUUAUCUGGUAAUCUGUUUGAAAACUGUGUGGGUCAUGUGGGCUGAACAUAACAGUAGAAUCUAUCUUCAAUCUACAAUCUGGUAAUGGAUCUCCAUGUUGACGGUGUCCAUGUUGUGUUGUUCUCCAGUUGGCUGCUCUGGAGGACACCCUGAAAGCAGGCCAACACCAGCACCUGACCAAGAACUUCAGAGCACCUCAGCUUCUACACGGGAGACACGUCCUCGCCUCGUUCACGGACACUCCCACCAUAGUCGGUUAGUAAACAUCGUCCCCCCCCUAUGUACACUUGACGUGUGUUCCACCUUAGGCAACCUCGCUGUCAGGUACAUACUUCAUGUCACAUGGGUUCAUGCAUGACCUUGUAAAGGUUGGGAGUACUUAUCUUUCAGAGACAAACUCACCACUCAAAGGCAGAGGUAUUGCGUGAUAACACACAACCUUCGGCACCAGUUCACAAGAAAAUCUGAAAAUUCCUUCUACAUGAUACAUCUCAUAUUAUUGGUGUGACGGUUGCAUGAGAGGCCACAGGUGGUCGAAUCUAGGGAAUUCUGUAAUUUAUUCAUUCAUUCAUGUUCUUCUCACCACUACACUUUUCACAUUGAUAGAGUAUUGUUAUUAUUGUUAUUAAUAUUAUUAUUAUUAUUGUACUUUCUAUCUAUUCCCGUUGACAUUGAGAUAAGUCAUUGUUUUUGCUUGCAGUUGCAGGACGUCCAAGUAUCUCUAUCAACACCUUGUCGGAGACUGAUGCCUCUAACCGUGAAGGGCCAUCAACUGGGCCAUCCAGUAAGCAAAGUAUUAUAAGUCCAAAGACUAUUUUUAGUAUGAUUUUAAAAAGUCCAACUCUGACGACUCUGGAGUUAUAUGAUGUACAAUAGUCCCUUCUCACAGCCGCUGUCAUGCGGAGCACCGAGAGACUAGAAAUGUAAGGACAACCAUUUCGUUUAAAUGUGGGAUAAUAAUCCCCAGUACAUCACUAGGGCCAAGCUUCCUGCCAUCCAGGACCUCUAUACCAGGCAGUGUCAGAGGAAGACUCUAAAAAUUGUCAAAGACUCCAGCCACCCUAGUCAUAGACUGUUCUCUCUGCUACUGCACGGCAAGCGCUACUGUCUGUUUAUUAUCAAUGCAUAGUCACUUUAACUCUACCUACAUGUACAUAUUACCUCAACUAAGCUGUGCCCCCGCACAUUGACUCUGUACCGGUACCCCCUGUAUAUAGCCUCGCUACUGUUAUUUUAUUGCAUUGUUGGUUAAGGGCUUGUAAGUAAACAUUUCACUGUAAGGAUAACCUGUUGUAUUCGGCACGUGACAAAUAAAAUGUGAUUUGAUUUGAUAAUCGUGUUGACUAUGCAGGCACCAAUUGUCAUCCAUUUAAAAAAAAGAUGGUAGCCUGAUCCCAGAUCAGUUUGUGCUAUCAUUUCAACAUUGUUUGGCAUGACAAAGAGUGACAAGGAGUUGACAAGUAGCUGACAUGAGCACAAACAGAUCUGGGACCAGUCUAAAACGUUGGUGGUGCACAAACAGAUCUGGGACCAGUCUAAAACGCUGGUGGUGCACAAACAGAUCUGGGACCAAGCUAAAACGCUGGUGGUGCACAAACAGAUCUGGGACCAAGCUAAAACGCUGGUGGUGCAUAGGAAAAGGAUUGUCUGGACGUACAUGGAUUUUAUAAGGGCAGGUGGCACAUGGUAGCCAUGCUCCCUUGUCUUAAUGUUUCAUUGAACAUGCUCUUAGGCUGUUUGCCAUGCAGAUAACUGGAGUCCUGUGUGUGCUAUGCAGUGUGUACACAGCACCUUGACUUUUCAUUAUUGACGUGAUCGAUGUCACUGGCUUUGAUGCCAGAGCUUUGAUUUGUAAAGGUACACUGUUAUCGGAGUAGAGUGAAGUUGCUCCAAGACGCUGAUCUUGGGCCAGUUUUACAUUUCCCCCAUUAAUGGUUAAGGUUAGGAUUGGGGAAGGGGAAAGCUGAUCCCAGAUCUGUGCCUAGGGGAAACUUUAGAUGUAGAUUGUACAUAUCAGAAGUUAAACAAGGCCUUGUGCUCUGAGCUGAUGUUAUACGUUCACCAUGCUGACCUUACCUGUGUGGCAAGAACACAGACUGUUUAUGUGUAGGACAGUUUACUUGUGGGGGUAAGGUCAGUUUUACAUGUUUUAAUAUACAUGUCCCUCUCUUUUUCAUGUUCCUGAAGAGGGCCUGGCAAGAGGUAAGCUGUGCUCAACAGUAAUACAAAUCCAACAUGCACAACUUCUAUCUAAAUCUAAGAAAUACAUUUUUAAACGGUCUAAAUACUUUCCAAUUUAUUCACUUUUUACACAGUAUUUAAAUGAAUUUAAACACUGAAUAUGUAAUUGAUUACUGAUUAUGUUAAACUUUAAAAAUUCAGAAUUGGUUUGAAACUGCCCUAUUAAGGUAGGUUCAUAAGUAACAUCUACAUGGUAAACAUCAAAUGUAUCUCUUGAUUUACAGGAGAUAUCUUGGCCAUAGCCUUUGGAGCUCUCUUUGCCGUCACCUUGCUGCUAUUCACGCUCUACGCAUACCAACAGCGUAAAAAAUACUCU